AAACUAAUAAUAUAUUUUAUCCCAAAAGCGCCAUCUGAGCAUCUUCAUUACGAAGUUGGAGCUCUCGCAACAAUGGCGGAACAUCUUGGCGUAGGCAACCACGAUCUCGAGCAGAUCUUGAAGCCCUUCUUUCAAAGAGCUUCUGAAGCCGAGGAUCGUUUGUCGAGAUUAGAAGCUGCACUCUUGACUAAGAAAGAUGUCCAUAACGAAGAAUAUCUAAAUACGAUAAGCGAACUCCAAUCGAAGCUAGAUCGUGCAAACGAAGAGCUAAUCACAGAACGGAAAAAGGCUGAGAUGGUUGCUGCAGAAAAUGCUAAGCUCCAGUAUCGCAUAAUUCAUCUUGUGAGAACAGCUAGGGAAACCCAUUAAUAGUUGGAGCAAGAAACACCUUUUUUUCUCUUUCUUUCUUGUUGAAAGAAAAUUGAUAGGUUAUUUCUUUUUCUUUUAUAAUUUCCCUUACAAUUUAGACACAUUUGGAAGAUUGAGAUAGUAAAUUGAAGAAUGUGAAUUGAAUUUUUUAUAUCCAAA